AUGCAUUUCUCAUUCAUCCUUGCCAUUGUUGCAGCUUUGACAACAUCUAUAUCUGCUGCUAGUAGUGCAGAUUCUGAAUCAUGCCUUGAUAUAUUACGGGCUUGCACUGGCCCUUACGUGCCAGAAGGCGCAAAAUGCUGCAAAGGUCUCGCUUCCUUGGCUUCAGAAUGGCAACACGAUGAAGUACUGCAUAGAUUGAGCAUGCCACGACAGCCAGAGACUAAUGUCAAACGUUCACGAGGCAGCUUGACACAACGCCGAUGGCAGGCGCAACUUGGCGCUAGUGGUGGAGAGGCAGAUGAUGGUGACAGGCAAGGGGUGGGUGAUGAUGCACUGACCCAUGCUGGCGGUGGUGGCGAGCCAGACGACGGGCACGACAAUGAACUCAUCACAUGGCGUGUCCAAUUCGCAAAGUUUGUGUGCUAUCGUGCAUUUACCGCGCCCACUCAUCGCAUGGUUUGCAUAACAUGCAUGCCGCCUGUUGCUGCCCAGGGACUUGCUCAAUGGAUCAUUGUAGGCCCGGUUUACGUUUGA